CUGCUUUUCCUUCCUCUCUUUCUUUCUUUCUUUCUUUCUUUUUCUGAGGAUCAUCAUCCCAACGCUCUUUGCUUUUGGUGUCACACACCCUUAUCUGGGUUCAAUUUCUUUCCUUUCUCUUCGGUUUAUCCCCAAAAUGGUUUCAUCUGAUCGGUUGUUCAAUAGGGAAAGAACUCUUCAUGAGAUCCUUGGAGCUGGUCUUGUUGCAGAUUUGAUACUGUGGAGACAGAAGAAUAUUACUGUGGGAAUAUUGUUAGUCACACUAGCUGCUUGGAUUGUGUUUGAAAAAUCUGGUUAUACUCUUUUGUCACUUGUUUCGAAUGUUCUUCUUCUCCUCAUUGUCAUUCUUUUCCUUUGGGCCAAAUCAGCAGCAAUUCUUAACAGACCUGCUCCACCUCUACCACAUUUGCAUUUAUCAGAAGAAAUGGUGAAUGAAGUAGCAACUUUCAUCCGAAUUAGAGUUAAUGAUGUGUUUUCGGUUUCUCAAGAUAUUGCUCUGGGAAAGAACUCAAGGCUGUUCCUGAAAGUAGCUUCAUGCCUCUGGUUAAUUUCUUUUGUUGGUGGCUUGACUGAUUUCCUUACCCUGGCAUAUACAAGUCUCUUUAUUGUUCUUACAGUACCAGCACUCUAUGAAAGAUAUGAAGAUAAGAUAGAUAGACAUGUCUUGAAGUGCUACAGAAAAUUGUGCCAAUUGUAUGUGAAAAUCAAUGAGGAAUAUGUCAGCAGAGUCCAACAUUAUAUUUUAGAGAAGCAAAAGGUGAGCUGAGUUUGUUCCUUCAAAAUUCAUUGUGAUAAAAGAAUUUUAUUCACCCUUCCAAUGUGAGAUUUUGAUUGUGGGUUCCGAGGAUUGUGGUGGUCUUUUUCCCACUUUUUUGUUUAUCUUUUUUAUUUCUUUUCAUUUUUGCAUUUUUCAUCUUCAUUGAUGGGAAAUUUUUGUUUGGUACAUAAUGUCGGAACAUUUUUGCUAGAUUGGUGCAUGUAACUCCAAAGAGUAUUUUCUCUUCUUAUUAGAUAAACCAAGAAAAGUGUAGAUGUGGUUGCCAGACCAAAAUUUGUCACUUGCCAUUAUUAACAUGUAAUAUAGUUGGAGCCAGAAUCACAUUCACAUGCUCUCUGUCUCUGUCUCUCUUUGUUUUUUGUAUUAUUACAUGUAGAAAAUCAUGCGCACGU